CUCCAUAUGAGGCCCAAAACUACAAAGCUUCUAGUUAGACUGUGUAGACCGGAUUGCCACCGAGUCGAGCUAACUCGCGAGAUGAACAAAGCUUAGCUCAAACUCGACUUGUUUGUAAACCAGUUGAGUUUCAAUCUAGUUUUUUCCGAGCAAAACGUCGAUAAUAAUUAAUUAUCGAUACUCUAACAACACAAGUUAUUUACACUAAUUAGUACUUGUCAUCAUGUUAUUAGAGAAUAUAAUAGUAUAAUCAAAAGAUUUUGUAUUUAAAUUUAAAAAACGUUCAAUAUCUAUAGUUGUGUUGAACGCAAUAUCAGACAAGUUUUCUGCAAAGUGCAGACUUUAACUUCACGCUCCCAACAACUGAGUUAUUAAACUAAUAAGUUCUUGACAUUCAUCUUCCGUAUAUGUUCUUGAAUUAAACAUAUAGUUCGUAACUAUCAGCUGUACGUGACGAUAAGUUUAUAAUUAGUAAUUAUCUUAUAUAUCCAACUUCAAGAAAUUGCAAAACACAAAUCUAACAACGACAUAAACAACAUAGCCAAUGGGGCUCUGUGCCAUUGGGCCUAUUGGCACAGGCACAUAGCAAGCCCUUAUAAUCUGUCUCAAGACUUAGAAAACAAAUAAUUGAUUUUAUAGACAACUAAGGGCUUGUUUGGAAUCUUCCAUUCCAUAUUUUAUGUUCUCAGUAUACAUGUAUAUGAGAAUACAAUUUUUUUUUUUGAGUUGGUGUAAUAACAGAAUGCAUGUAUUCAUAAUCUAUGUUGUAUUCCUAAUACAUAGAAAAUGAACUAUAAUGAAUCUUACCUUUCUGGUGAGAUUUUAGUAUCCAUAGUUCAUUUGAACUAUAAUUCAUGCAUUCUUUUAUGGUUUCCAAACAAGAAUUUCUUCAGUGUGUGCAACUUACUCUUUAACCCGAACUCACGGUCUGUUGCGUUACCAGAUUUUAUGACACUAGAUUGUUUGUCCAUUUUUGAAGGACUGAUUAAUAACCCGAGCGUAUAAAAUUUUCCCGCAAAAUGGUGGUGUAAUUUCCUCUUCCAUUUUCAUUCUUCUCGAUCGCGAUCCAUCUGUCCCACACAUGUCGACGUCGUCAUUCGUCGGACUCCUAACGGCAGGACGCUGGGCUUGGCAGCGUCGGACUGGACCUCGGCCGUUGUUUGUCCAGGGAUGGAGAAACGUUGAUGUAACAAAAUUAUAUGAUAAGGAGAUGGAUAAUGAUAUAACAAAAAUGUUAUAUUAAUAUAGAUCAUUUAUUUUAAACACAAUUGACUUACCAAUUAGCCAUGUGUAACCUCUAACAUACUAUAACAAAAACGUUAAUAUAACAAAAUUAUAUCAUAACCAGAUAGAUAAUAUAACAAAAAAGUUAUAUUACUAUAUAAUUUAUUUUAGACGUCACAAUUAACUUAGUUUCCAAUUUGCCACAAACAACUUUUAACGUUAUAUAACCAAAAUGUUGAUAUAACAAAAUUGUAACAUAAGGAGAUGGAGAAUAUAACAAAAAUGUUAUAUUAAUAUAGAUAAUUUAUUUUAAACGUCACAUUUGACUUGGUUUCCAAUUCACCACCUAUAACCUCUAACGUUACAGAUUUUGUAUCACUCGAUUGUCGGCCCAUUUUUUAAGGACUCGAGCGAAUAAAAUUGCCCGCCAAAUGGUGGCUUAAUUUUGUCCUCUAUUUUUGUUCUGCUCGUUAUCCAUCUCUCCUUCUACUCUUCACUGAGCUGUGAGCUCCAUGUCGACGCCGACGUCGCCGCCGCCCACACCUGCCGACGUCGCGCACUCUGGGCAUCGGGGGACGAGCUUCCUACCGCUUCUCGUGAUGCUGCUGGUGCUCACCGCCGUGGUUGCCUUCGUCGGGCUCCUAACGGCUGGGCGUUGGGCCUGGCAGCGUCGGAGCGGACCUGCUCGGCCGUUGUCUACCCGCGCCCAGCAGUCGCUUCCCGUUCGUGUGCACGCAGGUGAGGUGGAAGACGGUGCAGAUAAGGAGUGUGCAAUUUGAUUCUUCCUAAUUCUAGGGCACAAAUCCUCAUUUGUAUCCUAUAACAUUUUGUGCUUAAUCACAACCCUCUCCAUCAUGUAACCCCUGAUACCCUCAAGCAUAUCAAUGAUUCUCAUACCCCUAAACUUAGUAAUGGAUCCGUUCCACGUUUCACAAAUUAAUGUUACUCUCUACCGAGUCACACUUAAUAAUGGAAGAGAGGAAGGAUCGACAGAAGUAUCUAGGUUCAUCAUUCGUGAAUUCUGUAAAGGGUGUGUUAAGUCUGUCAGUACCUUGAAUCUCCUCAAUUUCUUUAGUCGCUUUCUUCCAAUCAACUUCAUUGCAAGCAUAGACACACUUCCAAAAACACUUACACACCCUAUUUGUCUUGUCCUUAACCUCCGUGUUUGCAUAAACGUGUCUUGCACACUUUCGAUGUUCAGCAUGAGGCAACAGCUCACGUAGAGCAUCAACCCAGCCUUGAUCACAACAAAUAAGAUCAGAAUACUAGCUAGCAUAUCAGAAUACCGAUCCAGAAUUAACAGCCCUAGCUAACAUAACAUAAAUGGAGCAAAUAGCCCUAUAUAAAUGGAAUAAACUGACUAAAACAGAAAACUAACCUUCUGCUGAUCAUAGAUGACACUCCAAACCGAACUAUCUAACAUGUUCAAUUCUUGGGGACAAACUGUUGAUGAACCACCUCCAUGAAUUUGUGUUUCACGUACUCUACACUACUGCCCAAGCAAGUGGAUACAUCUUUCCCUACAAUAGUGAGAAGCAUCCCUUUCACCUCUCCCUUCAAGAAGCAGCCAUCCAAGCCAAACAUUGGCCGACACGCAUCAAGAAAUCUGUCCCUCGGGUUAGAGAACCGAACAUACAACCUCUAGAAGUAGACCAUGUCUUAAGUAGGGUGUGGUUCUACUUCUGACACAAAUCUCCCACGUCGAUCCUGUUUCACCAUAUCUCAGCAUCAUAACUCUUUAUAUUAUGAAACUCAACCACUAAAUACCCACUAUGCAUUCUAAUAGUAGCUACCUUUGCUAUGUAACAAGUUCUCUUCUUCACUUCCAUAUUGUGUUUCAGCUUAACUUCCACCAUAAUCUGAUCUGGAGCUCACUGUGGAUUUAUUCUGAAUUUUCCUAGCAUUUUAGAGGCAACCCACGUGGAAGUUUACCUGAUUGACACGCAACUUAGGUGCACAAGAGUGGGACAGACCUACCUUUCUCGCCAUGAGGCUCUGGUUCUUCCUAAACCAUCUAGCUAACACCCUACAUUUGCAUCUAGGAUCCUUGCAUUUCACCUCUUUUCUUGAUGUGGGUACCGCUCACCCAUCUCAAGCUAGCCCCAGCUGCCAUAGAAUGCAACACAAAACACUCUUGAACUGGUAAGGACUAUCAACUUCAAACGAGGUACGAAUUGAAAUUGCUUGCGAUCACAAGCAGGGUCAUAGUGUGGAACAUCACCAAAUGGCUCUCCACCACCCUCAUCAGAAAGAUUGCCUCUCACAUGGCCAGAAUCCUCCAAGAGUCUGUAGCUGGAAUGUUGAGAAGACUCUCUUCUUGGUUCUUGAACGUGAGGUGCUUCAUUAGCUUCGGCUGCUUGCUAGGUUCUGGCAUCAUCAGGUUCUUCCAUAACAUCAUCAUGUUCGACUUCCACCUCAAUCUCAUCAUCUUUUUCAUCCUCAAAAUCCUCUUAUUCAAACUCAUCUAGUUGGUCUACCUCCACCCGAUGACAAUCAGCCCUUGCCUUCACCUUCCUCCUCAUUUCCCCAUAGGCUCGUAGAUUGGCCCUUGCCUUGUGGUACUCAUCAUCCGACGUGUCUGCAUCAUCAGAUUUAUAAACAUGGAAAACUUCUCGUGCAACAGAAGCAGCUUCACCCUCUGCUACAAAUCUAGCAAAGCUAUCAUUCUCUUCUGCCGGUUGAAUAGGAUCAUUCUCACCUACUAGCUCAUCCCAUGAAUGAACCAUCUGAAGAUAAACAUGACUAACAAAC